AAUAGGAAGCAAAGUCAGGAGUGAGGACGAGAAACAAGUGAUGGAAGUUGGAUGAAAGUCAAGGUUGCCGUUUCCUUGGAGACCAGACGCUGCUAGCGGAAAGCCUGGUCUCCUUGGGCUCCAUUCUGAGACAGGGGUGGCAGAAGCCUCACCGGUAUCUGGAGACAGUCUGUACCCAGAGGAUCUGGAUUUUUUUCCGCAAUGGCACAGAAACGCACCUCCUCUAAAACUCAAUUCUCAGGGCAGAAGUUUCAAGUACCGGGGUCAGAAAAGAGCUUGAAGCCAUCUACUCUGCCUCCUCUCCGACAAGCCAAAGGCCACAGCAAAAGCAAAACGAAGAGUCUGACUAAAAUCCAACCAGUGGCACAGUCCCAGGUCUCUGUAGAGAUGGCAAAUACCACAAAGACUUCUCGAGGACUUCGGAGAAGGGACCAAACGCACCAUGGGAAAGUGCAGGCCAAGGUCCGGCUGAUGAGGUCGAUGCUUCGAAACCAGCGGACCUCGCUCCAGGAGCUCUACAGCCACGAAGGUUACCUCAGCAAGCUCAACCAGGAGCUGAUCAAGGCCAUCUUGGACACUGAGAAGAGCAUGGCCUUGAGCGUGCGGGAAAUGCUGCAGCAGCAGAGCGUCCUCAGGAAUAUCAUCGACAUCCUGGAGUACUCAAACAAGAAGCGGGUGCAGCAGCUGAGGUCUGAGCUCGAGGAGUGGAAGGAGGAGGAGGAGAGCAAGACAAACAGCCUUCAGUGGGAGGUGGAAAAGCUGAACUCUGAGAUCCAGAAGGCCAGCGAGGAGGUGAAUUUCCUGAGUACCUACAUGGACCAUGAGUAUCCCAUCAGGUUGGUGCAGAUCUCCAACCAUAAACGCCAGGUGCAGCAGGCAAAGGACAGCCAGCAGGACGAGCUGGACAACCUUAAGGAGAUGCGGGAAACUGUCUUGGCAUUUUUUUCCAACAUAAUUCAAGAGAAGAAGAGGAGAAUCCUGAAGUCUCUGGUGGUGAAUACCCAGAAACCCCAUGAGAACAGACUUCUGCUGAAGACCCGGGACAGCCGGCGCCUGCAGAGGUGCAUGGUCUGGUUCAGAGAGCUUAUUGCACAACUGAAGGAAGAGAUUCCCAUAUUACUCUCGGAGGUGGAGCAGAUGAGUGCAGACGUCUGGAGCCCGCGAGAGGCCGUUUUUAAGGAUGUUCUGCUUCAGAGACCCAAGUGCACCCCAGACAUGGCUGUUGAGCUCAACAUUCCUGCACAGGAGCUGUUCUCCUUCUAGAGGAGGGGGCAGCAGUGGUGCUCCUCUCCCCUCCUGAGCACUAGGGGUCCCAGCUGUUGACUUACAAGAUGGAAUCUCUGUUAUGAAUCUGACCCACAGCCCUUCUUUCCCCCUCUCCCUUGCUGCUUGGACUAGGCAGGAAUUCCCAGUCCAGCCUACUUGUUCCUUGGUGCCAAUAAAGUUGUGUU